UACCUUAAUUUUAACGUACAGCGAUUACGGCGUAACCUACGUGACACCGCCCCUAUCCUCCUUCUCUCUCCUCCCUUUGUGCAGUUAACAGGCUCCUUCUCUGCUAAGACUAACAACACAUCUACAGACAAUGGCUGUACCUCCCACCUAUGUUGACCUUGGAAAGUCAGCCAGGGAUGUUUUUACAAAGGGAUAUGGCUUUGGGCUCAUCAAGCUGGACUUGAAGACAAAGUCUGACAAUGGACUGGAGUUUGCCAGCGCAUGCUCUGCCAACACUGAGACAAGCAAGGUCGGCGGGUCGUUGGAGACCAAAUACAAGUGGUCUGAGCAUGGACUCACCUUCACAGAGAAAUGGAACACGGACAACACUCUGGGGACGGAGAUCACCGUUGAGGACCAGUUGACUAAAGGGCUGAAGCUUACGUUUGAGUCCUCUUUCUCUCCAAAUACUGGCAAGAAAGGUGGCAAGUUCAAGACAGGCUACAAGUGUGAACACAUCAACCUGGGCUGCGACGUCAACUAUGACAUUAACGGUACAGCCAUUCACGGCGCUGGCGUGAUAUGCUACGAGGGCUGGCUCGCCGGUUACCAGACGACCUUUGAGGCCGGCAGGAACAAGAUCACCCAGAGCAACUUUGCUGUUGGAUACAAGACCGAUGAGUUCCAGCUGCAUACAAAUGUAAAUGAUGGCACAGAGUUUGGUGGUUCCAUCUACCAGAAGGUGAAUGAAAAGCUGGAGACAGCUGUGAACCUGGCCUGGACCGCUGGAAACAGCAACACCCGCUUUGGAAUUGCUGCCAAGUAUCAAAUCGAUCCCGAUGCAUCUUUCUCCGCUAAGGUGAACAACUCCAGCCUUGUGGGACUGGGCUACACUCAGACUCUGAAGCCAGGGAUCAAGCUGACACUUUCUGCUCUUCUUGAUGGUAAAAACAUCAAUGCCGGCGGCCACAAGCUUGGUCUUGGUCUUGAGUUCCAAGCAUAGAAAGGAUAAUCGGAUGGCCAUCCAGACCUCUGAGCAUUUCCCCACCAAAAGAAAAUCUGAGUCCUGUAAUUAGUCCCACCUCACAGUCCUUCUCCCCUUAUCUUUGACGUGCUACAGGUGGAAACGAGCCAGAGUUGGUGAAUAUUUUGUCGCAACAAUCUUCUACUUUAAAAAGACCACUUAAAGCAAAUAUAAGUUAAAGAGAUCACUUGGGAAUAAGUGAAAUAGUUUACCCUGAUGUUUGAAGCUAAAUUAAAUAAUUUAUAAAGAAAAAAACUAGCUUUGAGAACUUUUCACAUUUGUGUCACCAUUUCUUUAGUAUUAUAUAUGCAAUACUUUUAACUAUGUCCUUUUAACGGCAGUGAAAAAGGAAAGAAUGAGAUCAGCCCAAGAUACAUGGAGGGCUGGCAUGCAAUGGUUUUGUUGCUCCUCCAGAUGGUGCUGCUGCUUGACACCAGUUAACACUCCUCACAGGGUUAAGUGGUGAAAACUUGUUUCAUUCAUUCAAACACUCCGAUACUGAGAGCUUCUGUGUCUGUCUUGAUAUUUUAAAUGAGGGGAAGGGUUAGUUGUCCCUGAUGUUAGCAGCUGUGGGUAGCUCUAAGAGACACUACAUCCCAAUGUGUACUUUCUGUGUUAUUGUCUCAAUCGUCUUUUGUGUCUGUGUAUUUGGUGUGAAUUUUUUCUUUUGUUACAUAUAGCAACAGAGGAUAUUUUAUUGAGAGUCUUGCAUAGUUAAUACCACUUAAAUGUCUUACGAAAGCAAAGACUUGAUAAUUGUCAAGAACACAGAACUGUCAUCAUUCACAUACCUGAUCUCUUGGUAUUAAAAGUUUAUGCUUUUGAAGAGGAUGAAAAAAUAAAUAAAAACACUUCUGGAAAUUGUUGUCUUCCAUGAGUAGUUAUGGGAAUCAAAGUUAUUGUACUUGACAGGAUUGACAUUCCUUGGACUAAAUAAAGAACUUGAUGAACCGGC